UAGAAAGUAUGUCCUUUACACAUUCAUUCAGUAAGACUUCAUUGAGCACCUGCUUGGGACAUAGUCCGUUUCCUUCUGCUUAGUUCACACCUGUCAUGUCUUCCUGUGAUGAGCAAACACUGAGCAAGUGUCAAGCACCACACAUGGGGAUAUAGACGCAACAGAGGGCCCAGUUAAUUGCUCUCGCCCUUUUGGAGAGAAUUACAGUGCACAGUGGGAAAUAUUGGAGAGAUACUUUGGAAUAAUAGGAGACCAUUACUUUGAAGUCAGACCUGAAGUCCAUUAUCUACUUGACCACUUAGUAGGACAACAGUCUCACUGAACCCGUCUUCUCAUAUGGAAAUAAGCUAAAACUUGAAGAGUAAACAUCGCGUGGAGCUGGGCAAGAAGUAGGAAGAUCAUGUAUUAUUCUGGAGUUCAAAGGAAGAAAAAUAAUGCUCGACUGUGGGAUCCACCCUGGCCUAGAAGGAAUGGAUGCUCUUCCUUAUAUUGAUUUAAUUGACCCAGCUGAGAUUGAUCUCCUAUUAAUUAGUCAUUUCCAUUUGGAUCACUGUGGAGCUCUGCCCUGGUUUCUACAGAAGACAAGUUUUAAAGGAAGAACAUUUAUGACUCAUGCCACAAAAGCUAUUUAUAGAUGGCUUCUUUCCGAUUAUGUCAAAGUUAGUAACAUAUCAGCAGACGACAUGCUGUAUACCGAGACCGAUUUGGAAGAAAGCAUGGACAAAAUUGAAACUAUCAACUUUCACGAAGUUAAGGAAGUUGCGGGAAUCAAGUUUUGGUGUUACCAUGCAGGUCACGUCCUAGGAGCCGCCAUGUUCAUGAUUGAGAUCGCAGGCGUGAAGCUUUUGUACACUGGUGAUUUCUCAAGACAAGAAGAUAGGCACUUAAUGGCAGCUGAAAUUCCUAAUAUUAAGCCUGAUAUUCUUAUCAUUGAAUCUACUUAUGGGACCCAUAUCCAUGAAAAACGUGAAGAGCGAGAAGCAAGAUUCUGUAACACUGUCCACGAUAUUGUAAACAGAGGAGGCAGGGGUCUCAUUCCUGUCUUUGCUCUUGGAAGGGCUCAGGAGCUGCUCUUGAUUCUGGAUGAGUACUGGCAGAAUCACCCAGAACUACAUGACAUUCCAAUAUACUAUGCAUCAUCUUUGGCCAAGAAGUGUAUGGCAGUGUACCAGACAUAUGUAAAUGCCAUGAAUGACAAAAUCCGCAAACAGAUCAACAUCAAUAAUCCCUUUGUUUUCAAACACAUUAGUAACCUCAAGAGCAUGGAUCAUUUUGAUGACAUUGGUCCCAGUGUUGUAAUGGCCUCCCCAGGCAUGAUGCAAAGUGGCUUAUCCAGAGAGUUAUUUGAAAGCUGGUGUACUGAUAAGAGGAAUGGUGUCAUUAUAGCAGGAUACUGCGUAGAAGGGACACUUGCCAAGCACAUCAUGUCUGAACCUGAAGAAAUCACUACUAUGUCUGGACAGAAGUUACCACUGAAAAUGUCUGUUGAUUACAUUUCUUUCUCAGCUCACACGGAUUACCAGCAAACCAGUGAAUUUAUUCGUGCUUUGAAACCGCCUCAUGUGAUUUUAGUCCAUGGAGAACAGAACGAAAUGGCCAGAUUGAAAGCAGCACUGAUUCGAGAAUAUGAAGAUAACGAUGAAGUUCACAUAGAGGUUCAUAAUCCUCGGAAUACAGAAGCAGUGACCUUAAACUUCAGAGGAGAAAAACUAGCCAAGGUUAUGGGAUUUUUAGCAGACAAAAAACCAGAACAAGGCCAGCGGGUCUCAGGAAUACUUGUUAAAAGAAACUUUAAUUAUCACAUACUUUCUCCUUGCGACCUGUCCAAUUAUACUGACUUGGCCAUGAGCACUGUGAAGCAGACCCAAGCCAUUCCAUAUACUGGUCCCUUUAAUUUGCUCUAUUACCAGCUGCAGAAAUUGACAGGUGAUGUGGAAGAAUUAGAAAUUCAAGAAAAACCUGCUCUGAAAGUGUUCAAAAAUAUUACUGUAAUACAAGAACCAGGCAUGGUGGUAUUAGAAUGGCUGGCAAACCCUUCUAAUGAUAUGUAUGCAGAUACAGUAACAACUGUGAUAUUGGAAGUUCAGUCAAAUCCCAAAAUAAGAAAAGGUGCAGUACAGAAGGUUUCUAAAAAAUUAGAAAUGCACGUUUACAGCAAGAGGUUGGAGAUCAUGCUGCAGGACAUAUUUGGAGAAGACUGUGUAAGUGUAAAGGAUGACUCUAUUCUUAGCGUCACAGUGGACGGGAAAACUGCCAACCUUAACUUGGAGACACGGACUGUAGAAUGUGAAGAGGGAAGUGAAGACGAUGAAUCCCUCCGAGAAAUGGUGGAGCUGGCUGCACAGAGACUGUACGAGGCCCUGACGCCAGUUCACUGAGACUGUGCCUGUAUAUGAACUUUGAAAAAAUACUUGACUCUACUUCUGUUACCUAAAAUAAAAUGCAUUCGUUUCUCGGGG